AUGAAGAGCAUCUAAUCUAUUGACUCUAAUGACAUUAAAACUAUGAUUUAUUAUAUAAUCACAAUCAUAAAAAUACUUGUACAAAUCUAUUUGGCUUUAUUAUCAAGGUAACAGAUCUUAAUGAAGCAUUAUUGUUUGAGAAAAAUCAAAAAUUAGGCAAUUCAUUAUAAAUUGUAAAUUAUAUAAUACAUACCUAAAAAAGAAGGGAAAUAAUCCUUUUUAUAAUCGAUUACAAAGAAAAGUGAUUAGAAAUUUAAAUUGGGAUCAAUUAUGAAAACCAAAUGCGAUAGAAGUAUCAUUUUACUAUAUAAUAGUUUGA